AUGGCGCCAUCUCUGGAAGAACCCAUCAUUGCCUCUAUUCCCGGAUCCCAGUUUAUCGUUCCCACCAAGGGAAUCGGCAAAUUCAACGACAACAAGUUCGGCUACGUUCCUGGAAAAACUAUUGUUGAAAAGCACACCAACUAUGAACACGAAGACCUCCUACCCUCCUUCCCAGAUCUUCACUGGGAACCGCUAGAGGAGACCGAGCAUGAAGAUCGAGGUAUCCACGGAGAUCCCAAAUUCCGCAACCUACUACAAGACGCCUCCGACGUAUUCGACUACAACCCUAAGAUUGGCACCGAAGUUCACGGGGUUGACUUGGCCAAUCUAACCAAUGCUCAAAAGGAUGAUUUAGCACGCUUAGUGGCAUACCGGGGCGUGGUCUUCUUCCGCGCUCAAGACAAUUUAGACAUUAAUAGCCAACGGGACUUGGCCAAACACUUUGGAACACUACAUAAGCAUGCUACGACAUCCGUUCCUCGCAGGGAAGGUCUAGAGGAUGUCCAUGUCGUAUACGCGGGUGACAACUCCCCUGACAACCGCGCCUUAUUUAGCCCCAGCUUUUUAUGGCACUCAGAUGUAACUUAUGAAGUGCAGCCACCCUCAUACACCAUGCUCAAGCUACUCACUGGACCUCCCAAUGGAGGUGGUGGCGACACCCUUUGGUCCUCACAGUACGCUGCGUAUGACAUCUUGUCCUCUCACAUGCAGACCUAUCUCAAGGGCUUGACAGCUCUUCACUCAGCGGACAUGCAGGCCGGUGACUCGCGAGCCCUUGGUCGUCCUGUCCGCAGAGAGCCUGUCACCACUGAACACCCUCUUAUUCGAACAAACCCCGUCACAGGCUGGAACAGUCUCUUCUUCAACCCGGGUUUCGUUACGAGUAUUGUCGGCAUUCCCAAGGGUGAGAGUGACGCUAUCAUUCGUUACCUUACAGAUGUGGUUGCUACAACCCAAGAGGCCCAUGCUCGCUUCCAGUGGAACAAGGGUGAUAUUGCUAUCUGGGAUAACCGUACUACAAACCACACUGCCACUUAUGGAUUCACCCCACACCGCCGACAUGCUGUUCGGGUUGCGGUGCAGGCUGAACGCCCUGUUCUUCAGAAGUCUGGUAAAUCGCAAGAAGAAGAGACAAAUAAUUCAUUUGGUCUCCCGCAUGUUGACAAGAACGGAGCACGUCAAUCAAACUACAACGAUUGA